AUGUCCUGCAACCAGGAAAUCCUGGCUGACAAGGCUCUGGGCGAUGAUAUCGUCCGUCUCUGCACGUCAGCCGACAGCGUCUCAUCUCUGCUAGCCACCACGCCAUCGCUAUCACCUGGUGAAGCCUGGAAACAGCUUUAUGGUGACUACAAGCCUACCGCGGCAACCAACCGCAAGAAGGCAGAUGAUGCAGACCUGGAUCGGGCUGCCCAGUGCGGCAAAUGGGGCCCUACCCAGCCAAGCGAUACAUUUUUGCGUAUAUACCGCGAUGUUUUGGCCGUUGUGGAAGAAAGUCCAGAUCGAGCCAUGGUCAGCCCGCCAUUACUUGGCAGCUGCGGAGUGACACCUCUGACAAUCAUAUCGACAAUUCCCGAUAUUGUCAGACACAUGGCCAAUGUCAUUGCACGCGCAGAGAAGGAGGUUUUCCUCGCAACAAACUACUGGCAGGACAGCGUUGCGUCGACAUAUCUCACAAACGCCAUCAGAGAGCUCGACCGUCGUGCGGGUCAGAGAGGUGCCCGGAUUGUCAUGAAAAUCAUUUACGACCGCGGCAGCCCCAAACAAUUUAUCGACCCACACCAUCUUGUCGGCGAAGACGAGUACACAGGAAAGAACGUAGCCCUUCCUGCAUCGAAGGACAUCCCCAACAUUUCGAUGGAGGUCAUGAACUACCAUCAGCCCAUUAUGGGCACAUUCCAUUCCAAGUAUAUGGUUGUCGAUCGCAAAAUUGCUAUAUUGCAGAGCAAUAAUAUCCAGGACAACGACAACGUGGAGAUGAUGGUUCACUUUGAAGGCCCGAUUGUGGAUUCGUUCUAUGAUAUGGCUUUGCUUUCCUGGAACAGGAAGCUUGAGCCGCCUCUUCCUAGCCGCAACUCGCCGGCCUCUGUUGUGGGCUCUGGUAGCUAUACCGAGCAGAGCGGAGAGGUGAUUGCUGGAAACCAUCCUGCUGGUAGUUUGGCCUCAACUGAAGGAACAAUUGAAGGACAAACUGUAGGAACUGAUGGACCAAUAGGGGUCACAAGUGGAGUCACAGCUAAAGGAACAACACAUGACAACCCAUCUGACGAGGCUGUUUUAAGCAAACAGAUGCAGGAGGCUUCGAUCCAGAAUACUGCCACAGAACUACUAGGCAGUGAUCCUCGUCAAUCUGAGGGAUCGAGACCUGCUGGCAGUGCGAGCAGCACCAAAGCAGAAGGACUUCCACCCAAAGAAUCAACCAGCACAACACAAGAUACAGUGCAACAAAAGCGUUCAGAACUCCGACCUAACAAAGCCAACGGUCCAGAUCCGGGGAUACAAGCGUUUCUUGACAGCGGGAAACAGCAGAUUCCGAGAUGGUGUCUUAAGCAACCAUCAUCCAGCAUCGAUCUCCCUCAGAACACGUCAGAACAUCCCCAGUAUGAUGAAGACAUUGCCCGGGAAAUAGUCCGCGUGCAAGCUUCUCUGCUUCCUCGGCCUGGUAAGACAGAGAUGGAGGCUAUCACACGGUUGUUGAACCACACUACCAAUCACUUGGCCGGUGACGCUCCCGACUUUUCCGAGGGCGACGAGAUGACCCCCUAUAUUCCACACGACACGCAGACAAGGAUUCCUAUGGCCAUGGUUAAUCGUCCUCCUUAUGGCACACCAACGCACUACUCCGUUGUGCAGCCUCAAAAUGUUGCCUGGCUGUCAGCGUUACGCCAUGCUCGCAAGAACAUCUUCAUCCAGACACCAACUCUGAAUGCGGAACCGCUAAUUCCAGCUAUCCGAGAAGCCUGCGAGAGAGGUCUCGAUGUCGUUUGCUAUAUCUGCAUGGGGUAUAAUGAUACGGGGGAGCUCUUGCCCAAGCAGGGUGGGACUAACGAGAUGAUUGCUCACAAGCUGUAUGGGUCGCUGUCGGACGAAGGCCGCAAGCACCUCCACUACUUUUGGUAUGUGGGCAAGGACCAGACGCGGCCGAUUCCGCAGAUCAAGAAGAACCGGGACUGCCACAUCAAGCUUAUGAUUGUGGACGAGAGCAUUGGCAUCAUGGGUAACGGAAACCAGGACACGCAGAGCUGGUAUCACAGCCAGGAGAUCAACAUCAUGCUGGAGAGCUCUGACGUGUGCCGUGCCUGGAUUGAAGGCCUGCGGCGCAACCAGAACACGCACAUCUAUGGCAUGGUGGGCAAGGCAGACGGGAUAUGGCGUGACAACGAAGGCAUUGAGGCUGAGGGUGCCAUGGGUAUCGACCCUGGCCAUUUCAGCUGGUUCAAGGGAGUUGUGGGUGCUAUCAAGAGGGCCCAGGGUAAGGGCGGGUUCUAA